CCCAGAAAGCACCUGCCGUCAUAACAAACGUUCCAAACGGUCCACUCAAACAAGCCGGGGUUUACAUCUUUCUGCGAUAUGAGGUCUUGUUUCCUGUAACCCGCCAUGGCACCAGGGGAUGUGGUGCCGGAGCAUCCCAAACCGCAGCAGAAGUCCAAGGAGAAGCGUCCGGGAAGCCGGGCGCUGAAAGCAGAAUGUGACCCCGACGGGACCUUCGUCUUCGAGGCCCACGAAGCCUGGAAGGACUUCCAUAACUCUCUCAGGCAUUUCUACGAAGUCAGGGAGCUGUGUGACGUCACGCUGAAGGUCGGCAGUAGGCUGAUUCCUUGUCACAAGUUAGUCCUAGCUUGUGUUAUCCCCUACUUCCGGGCAAUGUUCCUAUCAGACAUGUCGGAAGCCAAGCAGGACCUGAUAGAGAUUAAAGACUUUGAUGGAGACGCCAUCCAGGACUUGGUGCACUUUGCCUACUCCUCUAAACUCACACUAACCGUCGACAACGUUCAGCCGCUGCUUUAUGCCGCUUGCAUCCUACAGGUUGAGCUGGUUGCCAGAGCUUGCUGUGAGUACAUGAAGGCCCACUUCCACCCCACCAACUGCCUGGCAGUUCGAACCUUUGCCGAGAGCCACAACCGAGUGGACCUGAUGGACAUGGCAGACCGCUACGCCUGCGAGCACUUCACCGAGGUGGUGGAGUGCGAGGACUUCACGUGUGUGUCACCCCAACACCUGCGCACUCUGCUGUCCUCCUGCGACCUCAACAUCCACUCCGAGACACAAGUGUAUAACGCCGCCGUGAAGUGGCUGAAGGCAAACCCACGGCACCACGACGCCUGGCUGGACCAGAUUAUGUCUCAG